UGACUUGUUGACGUUGUUAUCAAUGGAAAGAAAUGGUGUUUAUUCAAAUUCGUGGUAAUAUUAUAAUUUCUACACAAAGAUAGGUUAACAAUUUUUUGAGAGUAGAUCACAGAUUAACAACGCUGCAUGUUAAAUAAAUGCGCGAAGAACAUCACCGCUCUGUCCCUGAACGUGUAUGACAGUCAUGUAUGAGUGUGGAGUCAAUACAUGGUUAAUACGUUCAAGGAGUAGUAAAAGUGGUUUGUAAUCAUAAUCACGGCGGGCCGGCGAGUAUUUCAUUUGUCAGUUCGUCGCCUCUCGUGGCGCAAAUCAGUUGCGAUGAUAGUGUUACUCGGAGUCGCGGCGGCGAUUAUCGCCGUUUGGCUGUACGUUGGCUUUCUAGAAACACUUAUAGUGACCUCAAUCCUCGGAGUUUUGUAUGUUUUGGUUUUUCACUCAAGAUGGUGUUACAUUGCUAUCAAAACGGCCCCACGGGAUCUCAGAGCAUUAUGGUGUUACCUCAAAAUAUUGAUAAUGACGAGAAAACUUACAAAAAAAGAUUGGACAUUACCCGAUAUAUUCCAUGAGACUGUGCAGAGACAUCCAAAAAAGCCUUGUUUCUUAUUCCAAGAUGAAGUGUGGACAUUUGAGGAGGUGGAAAACUACAGUUUGCGUGUGUCAGCCGUGCUCAAAUCGCUCGGGGUCAAAAAAGGGGACAUUGUGGGUCUCCUUGUGAAUAAUUGCGCUCAAAUGCCGGCACUGUGGCUCGGCAACGCGCGCCUCGGCGGCAUAACUCCACUCAUCAACACCAACCAGCGGGGCAAAGCGUUGAUACACUCGAUAAAUGUUGCCAAAUGCGAUGUCCUUAUAUUUUCCGACGACUAUCAAUCUGCAAUCCAAGAUAUAUCAAGUGAACUGAGCCCUUCAUUGAAACUAUUCAAGUUCACUCACCGACCGCUUAAUCCGUCUAAACCUGAGACGAACGCGGCCGGCGACGGCAUCGCGGACUUGACGUCACUACUCGAAGCCACACCGCCAAUGCCGUGGACUUUGGCUGACGCUAAUGGGUUCCAAGGAAAACUGUUAUACAUUUACACAUCUGGCACCACUGGUCUUCCGAAGGCGGCUGUUAUCUCUAAUUCCAGAUACGUAUUUAUGGCUUGCGGCCUCCACCACAUGCGGCUGAAUUCCUCUGAUGUCGUGUACUGCCCUCUGCCGCUGUACCACACGGCGGGCGGGGUGGUCAGCGUGGGGCAGGCCUUAGUGUUCGGCUGCACUGUCAUUUUGAAGCCAAAGUUCUCCGCCUCGCAAUAUUUCCCCGACUGCGCCAAGUAUAAAGCCACGGCUGCACACUACAUCGGUGAAAUGUGCCGCUACGUGCUGGCCACGCCGCCGUCGCCCGCCGACAAGCAGCACAGCGUGCGCGUCAUCUACGGCAACGGACUGAGGCCACAGAUUUGGACAGAGUUCGUAACAAGAUUUAACAUCAAGUACGUCACUGAGUUUUACGGUGCCACGGAAGGAAAUGCAAAUAUAGCUAAUACGGACGGCACACCGGGCGCUAUUGGCUUCGUUUCACGGAUCUUCCCGAAAAUAUAUCCUAUCGCAAUCAUCAAAGUGGACCAGGAGACGGGUGAACCUGUAAGAGACUCUCAAGGACUUUGUCAGCUAGCACAAGCGGGCGAACCAGGAGUCUUCAUAGGAAAAAUUUCUCCCAAUAACCCUACACGUGAAUACUUGGGCUACGUGGACAAGAAUGCUUCCGAGAAGAAGAUCGUCAGAGACGUGUUCGCGCAUGGAGAUUCUGCGUUUAUUUCGGGCGACAUUUUAGUCGCGGAUGAGUUCGGCUACCUGUAUUUCCGCGACCGCACGGGCGACACGUUCCGUUGGCGCGGCGAGAACGUCAGCACCAGCGAGGUAGAGGCGGUGGUCUCCAACAUCGCCGACAAGCGCGACGCCGUCGUCUACGGCGUGCUGGUGCCAAACACGGAAGGUCGCGCGGGAAUGUGCGGUAUCGUGGAUGUGGACGGCACCCUAGACCUGGACAAAUUGGCGAAAGAUCUAGAACGCGACCUGCCGCCAUACGCGCGACCCGUCUUUCUGAGAGUCAUGACCAGUGUUGAUAUGACAGGUACAUUUAAAAUGAAGAAGACUGACUUGCAAAAGGAAGGCUUCGACCCGAGCUUGGUGAAGGGUGACAAACUUUACUAUUUGGAUCUGAAAAAGGGCAAAUAUCUUCCACUGGGACCCGAAGAGUUCCAGAAAAUUUGCAACGGACAAAUUAGACUGUGAUCAUGACGUGACAACUUUAGCUGUAGCUUAAAUUACUCGAAUGUUAUUUGUAUAUUAGAUUUUAUUUUUACAUUGAAACUUGUGAAGGUUAUCUCCAAAGCUACUUCAGUUAUCUUAAUUUCUAAGAACGUCAGAUUGUAAGAUUUUUUGGUGAUGAUUUGCGCGUUGUGAACUCACCUAAUGAUAAGUGUGAAGGCUCUCAAAAGCUCUAGUUUCCUAAUCCUAAUAGAGAGAGCGUUAUGUUUGGUACCUGAAUCACGGUGUCAAAAAAGUGUUUUUUUUUCUUUCUAGGAAUAUUUUCUCGGAAAACGCCAUCUUAUUUCAAUAGACAACUUUUCAGUGCCGUCAUUCGACAUUUUACAGCGACCGCUUUGUGACGGCACGGCUGUUCUGGAAACUAGAGCUUCAAUAGAAACGUGCUCUAGUCCACUUUACAUCGAAAAGUAGCUUCUAUAGAAUCUGAAAAUAUUAAAGAAUAUUAAUAACUAUGGGCAAACCUUUGACUGAGGGGGCUCGUAGAGUAGGUUGUGCGUUGGGAGGGUGAGAGCACCGUUGAAUUCCUGAGUUUUUUACGUCAGCCAUCAUUCUUCAGCAACCCACGCCAUAUCUCACGAGCCGUCUCAGUGAAACGAUAUAGCUAUGAUUGAAAUAUUCAGACUGUCAUCUUUAUUUAAAAAUGCUACGCUUCCUCAAGUAAGUAGGCAGUAAAUCGAUAUUUUCUUUUCCUUGCGCUUUUCAUCUAAAAUAUUUACUUCUCAAUAGAUCUGUGGAUGAUCUGGUAUUCAUAAAGUGGUCAAUUAAGCAAAUUAAUAAAAGUUGUGUUGGUGUCUAAGUGUUUUUCGUAUGUACACAAAUCUCUGGAAUCAAUUGACAGCUCUAAAUGUAGGAUCAUUUUUUCGGCCCAUAGAAUACUAUGUACAAUAUCAAGAUUUCAAGACCUUUAUUAUAAAAAUGAAAUACUCUUGUGUACCAUUUGAUUUGAAUAUGAAAUAUUUACUAUAUUUUGUACUUUGACUUGUUCUAAUAAGCGUUGUGUAGGUAUAGUAGAUACUUCCGCUAUGUGAUAAUAUCUUGUAUUUAUCGAAUAAUAUAAUAUUUCAAUACUCGAUUGAAUUGUUCUAUUGUUCUAAAUAAAAUGUAUGUAUUUUUCUAUUAAAUAUAUAAUUCUUAAAUUAUUUGCAAAUACCUAAAAUAAAUUAUAGUUAUUAUCGAAUUGUAAAUGAUCUGCUAAGUAUCUGUUUAUUAAUACUAAAAUGUUUAAUAUUGUGAUCAUAUUUUAUACUUAGCUUAUUAUAGGUAUAAAUUAAUAUUGAAAUCAUUCUAAUGUAUUUUUGUUGCAUUUCUAAAACUUUUCUAUGUGCGAAUGUGUUUAGUCAGUUAUAGAGAAUUUGAUUUAAUUUUGCUGAUAUUGGGGUGUGCAAAUAUUAAAUUAGAUUAAAUGUUAUGGUGCGGGUUACAAAAUACAUAAUAUGAAUGAUUAUGAGGGUACUUUAGAGCGAAUUUUAUUUGUUGAAACUUUGAAUGUUUAUAGGGAUACUUUAAAAUUGAAAUGAUUUGCAACCACGUCAUGUUAUCGCCAAACUUCUUGAAUUAUGCGUCGUUGCGGCUGUACAACAAGCAUAAAACCAAAACCCCGUCCGACAAGAAAUACGCAUGGCGUGCGGUUGUAUGCUCUGCAGUCUGCUCACGCCCCGCUGCUUCCCGCAGCACUCCUCAUCACCACCUCAGAGCAUUCAAGUAGCUCAGGCUGAGAUCUAUAGAGCAUACUUUGACUUUGUUCAGAUUUAAGUUUCAUUUAAAACGAGACAGAUAUAGCCAGCGAUGUCUCGUUUUAACAGUGUCGGAGCAAAGUCAAGGUGCGCUCUAUAAAAAACCAUAGCGUCACUUAGGUAUACCAAAACUGAGUUGAGUUCGUAUAGUGGAAUUCAAAGGCAGCCGGUAAAUGAUAAUAUCGGGAUAUUCAUUUUAUCGUUGCACCUUUUUGGUAGCCUCAACAUUUUCUACAAUAAUAAUAUGUUUGUUAAAACAAAAUAAGAAUGAAUCUCAUUGAACUAUAAAGAUGUGAAUUACGAUAAUGCGAAUUGUGAUAAAAAUAAUCUGUAUUUUGUGGAACCUACAGAGAAACAUUUUGUUCACUGUAUAUAUUAUUAUAUGGGAGUUAUACUAUUAUGAAAAGUGAAAGUAAUUAUUUGUUGACACGUAAGUAAUAAGUAUACUAUACUUAGCUAUUAUUUCAAGAGGUUUAUUAUAAAACUUUGACUUGCCGUUGAAUUUGCAAUAUUACUGAUAAUUGUACAAUGGGCUAAACAGAGAUAAACCUGACGGUGACGUCAAUUGAACAAGAUGCCGCACUGAAUGCGCCCGUACGCGUGUACGACUUGUAAUAUAAGGAGCGUGAACACACUCCAAACUACUCCAAAACCCGCUUCAUCGUGUGAACGUCUUUAUGCCGUUCUUUGUAUUUAUUACAACUACUAGAAGUUCCGUUGGACACGGUCCGUCGCGCGUUGGAUGUGGGUCAGGUAGACUUUGUAAAUGUUUGUUAUCGUCAUUCCAGUCUCAAAUUGUAAGACUGAUGCGAGUUUUAUAUCUGUAUUAGGGUUUACUUAAUAGAAUUUAAGUUUACGAGGUAUUGGGUAACAUUGCUAAAUGACUAUUUAGUAAAGAUGAUUUUCCAAAGC